AUGCAGGGAUGUUUGCUGUUUUUUCCAUUGAAGCCAGUGAAGACAGUGAAAGUAAACGAGAGUCUAUUUGGAAGAUUUUCUCAUGUCUACAACCCCAAGAAACCGAAGAGCGAAAAUUUUUUGAAUAUAAAACCAAAAAUAUUUAAUAAGACAAUAUCAAUUGAAGAAGCUGAAAAAUAUUUAUUUCAUUUUCGACCAGAACAUUUAAAUGUUGAAAAUUGGAAGAUAAACAAACAGAAGAAAGAAGAAAAAGGAAAUUAA